UCUCCCUCUCCUUCUCCCCUCCCUCCCCUCCCUCCCCCACCUGUCUCUCUCCUGGGUAGAUUUGUCUAGUGUGACAAGGAAGAUUAGUUUACUUGGCCCUGUGCACGACCUCCCACUUCUUCCACCCCUCCCCUUCCCCUUUUUUUCCAUGGCUCUGUCAAGUAGAGACAAAGAGUGUGCCCAGGAAUGGUACUUCAUGGCAGACAGAGCUGUGGAACUGUGUGAGUAAAUAAACUGCGGUUCAAAUGAUCUAUGAGCGCUGCCCAAUGGGAUGAGCACCAACCAUGGUCAAUCAAAGUCUGACCGGCUUUGAAGAGGUCAUCAAGUGUGUUAUUGUGGGAGAUUCAGGCGUUGGAAAAACAUGUUUGAGUUGUGCGUAUGCCUGCAAUGCUCAAUACAACUUGCAGAAGUUGGUGAAGACUCACCAGGCAACGGUGUGGGCGACUGACCAUUACCAACAUGACAGGGAGAUCUUGGACAGAUCGUGGUGUGAUAUAGAUGGCUGUCAGGUGUCGAUCCGGUUGUGGGACACCUUUGGCUACCAUGACAAGGACAGGAGAUUUGCUUACAGGGGAGCGGAUGUCAUUGUGUUAUGCUUCAGCGUCAUGUCUCCUGUUUCUCUGAAAAACGUGCACCGCAUAUGGCACCCAGAGAUCCGUCGCUUCAGCCCUGGAAUCCCGAUUGUAUUGUGUGGCACACAGGCCGAUCUACGCUACAUGUGCCACGAUGAGAAUUAUCUCAGUAUGGAGAAAGGUUUGCUGUACAGGCAUAUUUCUCCAGAGGACCUCAUCACACCAAGUGUGGGGCGUGAGGUAGCCAGAGACAUUAGCGCCCCCUAUUAUGAGACAAGUGUUUUGACACACUUUGGUGUUCAGGAUGUGUUCAUCAAUGCAGCCAGAGCUGCCCUUUUGGAGCGGCGCAAAAUAAAAUUCUGGAACACACAACUACGCCGCAUACAGCGACCUUUGCUGCAGCCACCCAUGAAGAUGCCGAUUCCCACCGUACCCCGCAUUCAGAUUGCGAAACCCCUGCUCAAGUCUGAUAUUUCUGCUCUGCUCACCAACAAGUCUGAAUGUGAUGUGACGUUCUUAGUCGGUCAUGAAACCAUCGAAGCUCACAGGAUAUGCCUCACCGUGGCCUCCACGUUCUUUCAAGAUCUGUUCUCCCUGGAAUCACUGGCUAAACUGCCAGCAAGACGGAGGAGGAAAAACUCACACUUGCGACGUCAGUUUCCAAAGAGGUUCAGUCAUACAGACAGCGAAUUUUUGCUUGACAGUGAUCAGGAGUCCCUAAGCACUGACACCGAUUACGACUCGAGUGUGCAAGGUUCUGCAGGUGACAGUUACCUUGCCAACAACUCAACCAGUGGCUCUCGUCUAAGGCUUCCCUUGAUUAUUCCUUACGAUCACCGAGCAGUGGAGCUUAUUGAGAUUCGUUAUGAGGAAGACGCUGUAGACCCGAGUCACCGUUGCUUGCAGACGUAUGUGCGGAUGUGUGAAGAAAUCUCCGCUCGAUCCUUCCAUGUGGUUAUUGAGUACCUCUAUACAGGCAGCCUUCGACCAUGUGAGGUGAACCUAGCUCAGGUCCGGAAAACUGCUGAUUUGCUACAGUUGACAGAUUUGGUAGUUGUCAUUGAUAACGUGCUAUCAAGCCAAGACUUCCUCAACAUCGAGAUGGACAAACAGUUUCAUGAGAAGAGAAUCUUCAAACUUCGAGAGCUGGCCUUGCACAAGGAUUUUUUGUCUGAUAUCACUUUUGAAGUGGACAAUGGCUUGGUGUCUGCCCAUAAAGCCCUUCUCAUGGGACGCUGUGAGAUGAUGUACGCCAUGUUCAGCAGUGAUUUUAUUGAGUCGGCGUCUGAUGUUAUCCCGUUCCCGGGCAUCACGGAGGAGACUUUCCAGGCCCUGCAGGAGUACCUGUACACGGGGGAGUCGCCAAACAUGGACAGCGUGGAUUGUCUGGCUCUGAUUGAAGUGGCCAAUCGCCUGUGUCUGCAGCGUUUGGUCAACAUGGUGGAGGCAAGGGUGGUGACUCAGCUGGCAGCGUGUGAAGACACGGGAGAGCUGUUGACAGAUGCCCUCACUCUGAUACAACCUGCUGAACUGUACAAUGCAUCUCAGCUGUCGCACUUCUGCCAGCACAUCCUGUGUGUGAACUUCCAGGAGGUGGUGCAGAAGUAUGCCUCGCUCUUCCAUGCUUUGCCACAGGACAAGCAGGAAGCAAUAGAACAGAAGAGAUGGCCGCCUGUCUGGUACCUGAAGGAGCUAGAGCGCUACGAUCGUUUGACACAAAGCCACUCUCUACAUGGCACACGACACGCUGUGCAGGACUACAACUCCCGCUGCGGCUGUCUCUGCUUCUCUCGACGGCGAAGACACAGACUGAUCGACCCUGUGGAGCUUCCAAUCUGAACCUCAUCAAUGAGUCAUGGCUCUGGUCAACUGUGAAGUAAACUGUAGGAGAGUUACUUCUCCCCUUUGAUGCAUUGAGGCGAGGAGUGUUGCAAACGGGUCUUUUCAUAAAGACGUACAUAAUUUCCA